GAGGGCCAGCGGGCCACCGCCGGGUUGGGCCGCUGACGAGGGCUUGUCGCCGGACAGGGCCGAGCAGGCCUUGGGGAGGUGGGUGCCGCGGGGCUGGCGUCUGUAUCUCCCAAACCCUCGGGGCCGUGGACUCUCAGACGCCUUCUUUGGAAGGGCCGUCGGUCGUGAGUAGUUGAGCCGAUCUCUACCUUUCGACAUGGAGAGAGCCACUAGCCUGGUCUCUGGAGAGGAGUUUGCAGACAGCAUCCUGCCCAUGGAGGAUGGAAGACACCCGGAACUGGAGUUGGAGGUGGAGUCUCUCCCCGAGGGCCCCGAGAGCGCGGCUGCCGCGGGAGACUGCGGCUCAGCGAGAGAAGAAUGCGCUGCCACCGCCGGUGCUGGAGAGGACAGGAGUGCGGCCCCCGGGGGAGACAGGACCCAGGAGACGGAGCUGCGCCGGCACCUGGACCUGCUGGACAGGAUGCAGGAGGAGAAAGGCCUCUUCCUCCAGAAGACCAGAGAAGAGCUGCGGGCCUGUCGCCAGAGGGUGGACCUCCUCAGCAAACAGCAGGAGACCGUGGCCGCCGAGAUGGCCAGGGAGAGAGCGGCCAACAACAUGGCCGCCGUGGGCCGUCUCCAGGCCACGUCCAGACGCCUGCACACAGAGCUGCAGAAGGAGCAGGACCUGCAGUCGAGGAUCGCGGCCAUGCUGAGGGAGACCGAGGACGCCUUGUGGCACAUUGAGAUCCAGAAGGGGCGGCUCCAGGCCCUCCGAAAGUCCCACCACGAGGAGGCAGAGGCCAGGGGGAGGAGUCUCCAGGUGCACGAGGCCCAGCAGCUCUUCAAGGAGAAGGAAGCCUUGGAGAAGGCGGACAAGAACCAGCAGCUGAGGGUCCGGAAGUCCUUGCAAGUGCAGAAGGGGCUGGGACUUCGACACCAGACGCUGGUGGAAGAGGCCCAGAGGAACCACAAGGUGGCCGUGAAGUUCCUGAAGGCCUCCCUGGGACGAGUCCGGGAGCGGGAGCGCGGGGAGGAGUCGGAGACCCGCGAGCACCUGAGGCAGCGCAUGGAUGCGGUGCUGGCCCUGAAGAACAGCAUCGCCGCCAGCCGGGAGACACUGCGCAGGGUCCAGGCCUGGGGCCGGGCCCGGGCGGCGCUGACCGAGCGGAAGGCCAAGGCAGAGAAGGAGGCCAUCCUGGCCCAGGGCGGGGACGCCUUCAGGCACCUGGUCCACCAGCAACGGCGCCAGCACCUGGAGGCCCAGAGGAGGACCUUCCAGGAGGGGCAGGAGCUCCGGAAGCAGGAGAUCGUCGGUCGGAUUGUGAAAGAGGUGGCCGAGGAGGGCAACCGGAAGAAGAAGCAGCGGCUCCCGGCCAGAGCCCCCCGGGGACGCACUCUUCGAGACAGGACCUGGAGCUACAUCGCCCACGUCUGCACCGGGGAGACGGCUGUGGCCUCCAGCUACCCACUGGAGGUCAAGGCUGCAGCGCACCCUGAGCCCUCCUGGCUCCUGAAAGCUGACUCCAGUGAGUCUGUGCAGGGGGUCACUGGGGCCACCAGUGGAGAGCAGGAAACGCUGGCUGAACCCGAGAUCCCCGGGCUCUGGAGGGAAGACUACAUGCCGUACCAGGAGCACAAGGAGGACGUGAACCAAAAGCCUGUGGGCGGCACCAAGAUGGACAAGGACAUCCUGGCUCGCACGAUGGCCCAGCUGCGCCGCGGGGUGGUGCACAAGCAGGUGGCGUUGGGGCGGGAGUUCAAAGGCUGCCCCUUCAACAGCAAGCCCCAGCUGGUCCACUUCCAGGACUUCGAGGUUGGCAAAGCGUACAAGAAGAAGAUCACGCUGGUGAACGCCACCUACACCAUCAACUACUGCUCCCUGGUGGGCGUGAGCGAGGACCUGCGGGACUUCAUCCACGUCAGCUUUGACCCCCCUGGGCCCCUGUCAGCCGGGAUGUCCUGUGAAGUGCUGGUCACGUUCAAGCCCAUGAUAGAUAAAGAUCUGGAAGGAAGCAUCUCAUUCCUGGCUCAGACAGGCAGCUUCUCCGUCCCUCUGAAAUGCUCAACGAGGAAAUGCUCCGUGUCCCUGGACAAGGAGCUCAUCAGCUUUGGCAGCUAUGUGGUGGGUGAGACCACAUCCCGGACCAUCACACUGACCAACACCGGGGGCCUCGGCACGAGCUUCAAGUUUCUUCCAGCUUCCGAGGUCUACGAGACGGAUGAAGAGUCCCUGCCCCUCCUGAAGAUGAGCAGCCUGUUCACCUACGACGACAAGGGUCCCACCAGUGUGUCCGAGCAACAGCUGGAAGGCAAUGGAACCUCCCCGCUGGACACCCAGAGCCGGAAAGAGUCGGACAAGAUGGAGGAACAAGAGGGCACCUCUGCGACGGGGGGCUUGGGAAUGUUUCCCAGCGAGCAGCAGGCAGAAAUCACGCUGGGGGAGAUAACAGAGGGGGAGAUCGGCCCUUUUAGCUCCAUCAGAGUGCCCAUCAUGUUCACCCCGGUCACCCCAGGGGAGGUCCAGACCAAGUUCAAGGUCAUGUUCAAGAAUCCCAAGUGCCCAACACUGUAUUUCAGAGCCACAGGCGUGGCCCUGGAUGUGCCAGUCUGGGUGGCCAAGCCCAACGUGGACUUGAAGAUCUGCAUGUACGACCGGCUCUACCAGGACUCCGUCCCCAUUUACACGCGAUCCAAGGUGGCCCUGCGCCUAAAGUUCGAGGUGUGCAGGGAGCUGCGAGGCCACAUGGAGCUCCUGCCCGAGAUGGGCUACAUCCAGGCCCAGUCGUCCUACUCAGUGCAGCUCAAGUUCCUGCCCCGGCACUCCCUCCCCGAAGAUGCUGGCAAGUACUUUGACAAGGAGAGCAGAGUCCUGGAGGCUCCGAUGACCAUCUGGGUGGCCGACCAGAUAAAGCCAGUGGGCUUCACCGUGCAGGCCAUCGUCACCACCUCUGACCUGGAGCUCAGCCCCUCGGAGCUGGACUUUGGCCACUGCACCAUCUACGAGGCCAUCAGGGCCGAGAUCGUUCUCUACAACCACUCGCUCCUGCCCCAGGAGUUUGGGUUCGUCGGACUCCCCAAGCCGUGUGCCCUCACACCUACCCUGCACGUGGGUCCACACGCCCCCACACUGCUGACCUGCACCGUCUUCACUGUGGAGUUGGUGUCUUCCAUUUCCCAGUUUGUGGACAUCCAGCCCAAUGACGGCUUUGGGACAGUCCUGCCCCUGGAGGCUCUGCAGCUGGAUGUGGUCUUCCAGCCCACCAAGGCCAGGGAGUACAGCUUCGAGCUGGUCUGCAAGUCGGAGGUGAACAGGUGCUUCAAGCUGUCCUGCCGAGCUGUGGGUGUCCACCCGCCUCUGGAGCUGUCCCACUACCAGAUCAAGUUCGCAGCCACCUCCUUGUACGACACCUCCGUGGCCAGGCUGUAUGUCAUCAACUCCCACACGGGUGCGAGCUCCCUGCCCCGCUCGGGGCCCCGGGUCAGCUCAGAGGAGGCUUCCCCCGUGGGAGCCACGUCUUUUGAGUUUCUGUUGCCCUCGGACUUGCCCAUCACCAUCUCACCCUUGGUGGGGACCGUGUUGCCAGGAAAGAGAUGCCUGGUCCAGGUGGCCUUCCGGCCUGUGCUGUCCCAUGAGGUGAUCCACGAGGAAGCCCUCCAGAUCCUGAACAAAGAAAUCCAGAACAAACUGUUCCGAAAGGAUACAUUCAGCCAAAAGAAGGAGCUGUGGAGACAGUCCCUCUCUGUGCUCCGACUGCGGACCCGGGAACGGAUGCUGCAGGCUGUCGCCUCCCAAGCCCCCCAGCAGGAGAAGCAGGAGCUCAGGGUCAGUUCCCAUGAGUACCAGAUUGCUCAGUCUGCCCUGGUCCGAACUUUCCAGGCGAAGUUUGACAAGUUUGUGGUCCCAUGUGUCAUGGCCAGUGGUGACGUCAAGGACAGGAAGGGAUCCGAACCCCUAAGUUUCAGCCCCCACAACACCCUGUACCUGGAGCUGUGGUGUCCAGCCGUGGCUCCGUCUAUCGUGGUGACAUCUAACAAAGGCAAGACCACCUUCAACUUUGGCGAUAUUGCUGUAGGACACCGUGGUAUAAAGAAGAUCUCCCUCCAGAACAUCUGCCCCGAGGACCUUGCCGUGGAGUUCUCGGUGCUGAACCCCUGUGGCCCUUUUGCUCUGCUGAACCCCUUCAGCAAGCUGUGCUCAGGCGAGACCCAGGUGCUGAUGCUGUCCUUCUCACCCCGCGAAAGCAUCCUGGCUCAAGAGACACUGGACAUCAUCAGCAAGAAAGGCACCCUCACGCUCACCCUCACGGGCCUGGGCGUGGCGUCCAUGGUCUCAUGCUCCAUUGAAGGCCAUGUGCUCAGCAUGGGCUAUGUGCUUGCCAGAGAGUCCAUCUCCUCGAGUUUCAAGCUGCAGAAUGACUCCUCGCUCCCCAUCAAGUUCUCCAUGCGGCUGGAGAGCCUCUCCAGCACCAGGGCCCUGGCCCGACAGCAGCUGCCUCAGUUCCUGGCCUCUCCCACCCAGAGGACGGACUUGGUUGGCCCACAGAACCACAAUGGCCAGAGCGUAUUCAGUGUGGUCCCAGUGGAAGGUGUCAUGGAGCCGGGGAAGGCGCAGGACUUCACUGUGACCUUCAGCCCGGACCACGAGAGCCUCUACUUCUCUGACCGGCUCCAAGUGGUGCUCUUCGGAAAGAAAAUCUCCCACCAGAUCCUCCUGCAGGGUGCUGCCCGGGAGCACAUGAUGUUUGUGGAGGGCGGAGACCCACUGGAUGUGCCCGUGGAGUCUCUCACUGUGACGUCUGCCCUCGACCCAGAGCACAGAGAGGACGUGGAGGAGCUGAAACCCAUCCUGCUGACCCUGGACUACGUCCAGUUUGACACAGACACACCAGCCCCACCCGCCACCCGGGAGCUGCAGGUGGGCUGCAUCAGGACCACCCAACCAUCUCCGAAGAAGAUGGUGGAGUUCAGCCUGGACAGUGUCCCGUGGCUGCAGCACAAGGGCUUCUCCAUAGAGCCUUCCAAGGGCAUCGUGGAGCGCGGACAGACCAAGACCAUCAGCAUCUCCUGGGUGCCCCCUACGGACUUUGAUCCGGACCAUCCUCUCAUGGUAUCAGCCCUGUUGCAGCUCAAAGGGGACGUGAAGGAGACCUACAAGGUCAUCUUUGUAGCCAAUGUGGUGACUGGCCCCUGAGACCAAGGAGCAGCUCCAUGAGCCCCUCGCAUUCUCCCACCCACCCCUAAAGCCCUCAGAGGCUGUCGGCCUGGCCAAACACCCCAGGGGCCGGGACCUGGGCAUCCCCUGCUGGGCAGGUUCAAAUAGCCUCCUGAAUGGCCCCACGACCAGGGUUCGCCAAUCCAUGGCCACCUCCUGCUGCACUGGACUCAACAAGCCCAAGGCCCAAGAGCACCCCUCUCCCUGAGCCCUCAGAACCAGGGAUAAGUCUUGGUCAGCUCACACUGCUCCUGGCCAGAGACCCACACUCACCAGAACCUGCCCAGACUUCGGAGGCCCCUAGGAAAGCCACCCCCACAGGCCUGUCAAUAAACUCCAGGAGCCAACCAUG